AUAAAAUUGUCGAUUGUGUACAAAUUACGACUGCUCGAAAUUUCUACAUUAAAAACCGCAACCCUUCUUAUUGCGAGAAUAUCGAUAAAAGCUGUAAAACUAUCGAUUUUAUUAAAUCGUUGACUACUAAGUGUUCUUAGCGCCAUCAUACUGCGUAUUGCGACAUGCUAAAAAACCGUUGAAUCUUUUUACACAUGAAGCGAAACUAGCUUGCAUGUCUGUUAUCUGUGGUGUUAGUAAAUUGAACAGAGAAAAAAAACGAUCGUUACGAGGAUCAAAAUCUGCCUGGCCAGGCGCGUUUUACUGGUAUACAAUUCACCGGUUUUUGAUACCUGUCGCCAAACCAAAUAAAAAGGCACCAGCGAACUUUGGUCAGACAGAACAUACGCAGCAGCCUAGCACAAAGGUUGUUCUUGUAACGUGAAAUUUGCCAAAAUGUGGAAUAAGUUAACGAUUUUCACAUGUGUCGUACUGAUAGUUCGCUCUGCGGGUAUGCAGGCAGAGGAAGUACCACAACAAUCUACCGCAACGCAGCACAAACAUGAACACGUGAAAGAUACCGUCAAGCAGGAGGAAGCGCUGGCAAAAGCAGUGGAGGACACCGCCAGCAAAAGCAAGCAAGAUUCAAACAAACAGAAACGUGCCACUGAGUAUAACGAUUCUGCUCCUGUUUCGGAGUACGACAGUAGUUAUGGCCUGCCCGGCUAUGCUCAGCCAAGUUACGCUCAACCCAGCUACGUCCAGCCGAGCUACGUGCAAUCGAGCUAUGUUCAACCGAGCUACGACCAACCCAGCUACGCUGAGCCAAGCUACGAUAAACAUGGUUCAAGCUAUCACCACCACUAUCCUUGCGUUCAUCGUCCUGUGAAAUACGUUGUGACCACCCCUAAAUAUGAGAAGUUGUCGAAAAAACCCCUUCUGGACCUGAAGAAGGUUUUUCACCUGCCGCAUACCGUUAAGGGACACUCAACUUACCCGUCAUCUUAUGACUCCUACGCGAGCAGUGUUGUUGUUCAGCAGGAUUACAAGAAACCACUGGGUCACGUACUGGACCUGAGCCAUAAGCCACUAGGAGUUAAGGGAGUGCUCAACCACUUACUAUCACCCAGUUCCAAAUCGGACGAGUUGGGUUAUGACGAUUCAUCCAAGUGCGGUUGCAGCGUUCAAAUCGGACACAUGGAGAAGGCACUUUUGCUGCUGGAAGAAGAACUUCUUAAAGUGAAAUCGUUCCUGGCAACCUUAGAUGUGUCAGAUGGUACGGAAGUUAAAUAUACGAAGAAAUCGAAAAUGGCUGAAGACGGACAUGAUUUGGAAUAAAUGUUUAAUAAAUGCGUUUGUGCUGUCAAAUGAUUGCUUUUCUAUAACUGAAAUUUGCUACCCUGAAAUGUUAUGGAUGUUCAAUAAAAUGUCAACAUCUGCUAGCAUUAAAA